GCAGACAGUUUAGCUUUUGUUUGGAUUCCUACAGAACUCUUUGCUAUAAUGUAGAGAGUAACGCAAGAAAAAGAUGGUGCUUUUUUCAGAAGUUAAUCGUACACUGCAAAGGCCAAUUGAAAAAUGAACCAUUCAUAAGAUCCUGCAGAGAGGGGAGAAUUUGGCAUUAUGAGGGAGGAGGCUGUUCUUUUCUGUGCAAUAUUUUUUGCAUUAAAAGAGCAUCUUCAAAAACAUACUUAUGACGUCUACUUACUUGUUGUACAUGGAAUGGCUCUUGUUUGUAUUGUUUGUGGCUACAAACUUAACAAGAAAAUUGAAUUUCAUCGUAUGGUGCCAAUGAUGCAGAAACUAACUGGUUGGGAGUUAAGGGAGUAUGCUGGGAUGGGAGUGUGGUGUUGCAUACUUCUGCCUCUUGCUACAGUUCUUCCUGAAUAUAACCUGAGGGGAGGACUGGAUGCAGCAGUGGGACUUAGUCUCAACAUAUCAUUUUUAAUAUGCAGCAUAUUAACCAUUCACAUACUUUGUGAUAAAGUGAGAGAACUGUCACUGUCAAAAACAAAAACAGACAAUGUACACCUGGAAAGAAUCUGGAAGGACUUGAUCCCUGGGGUGUGCUUAGCCAGUAUUGUAGGAACAGCUGUGCCAUAUUUUUUGUUCAAAGGGAAGUUUGGUGCUAUUCUUCUUGGUAUAGGAAUUCUUGGCCCCAUCCUUUACACCUUUUUGCUAUUGAAACUCCCAAAAUGCUUACCCAAGAGUUUUACCUUUGGAGAAGCAACAAUAGUGGCCCAGUCACUAGUGCUGUUUGUCAACAAGGUGUUCCUGAAAAUUGUUUAUAUGAAUCUUAACGUAGCUAAUGACCAGAAUGUGUCCACUAUAACUAUGGUUGCUGUUUUGUCAGUGGGAGUUUUAGUCCUGUUGCUCAGAUUAUUUCCUGUCCUACAAACUACCAGAGGGUUUUAUUUCACGCUAUUGUUAGUCAGCAUUGGGGCAGUCACUGGACUAUAUUUGGUGCUUCAAGACAAUCUAUUCAUGUGGCUCUACGAGUACAUUUUUUACAGCUCACUUAAGAGAUCCCUGUUUACUUACUGGCUAGUCAUGACAGGUAUAGCAGUCCUAAUUGUGAUAUACCAGAAUAACUGUCAAAAGAGUGAUGAAAAGAAAACAUCCACUACAGUGGUUCGGAAAUAUUUUCAUAUCAUAGCAGUAUGUGUUUAUCUACCUGGGCUGUUAUGGGACCCUGAAUUUUUAUACCUGGCCAGCAUUGGGGCUUUCUGUGUAUUUGUAUUAUUAGAGUCAAUACGAACUCUAUGUGUAUAUCCAUUUGGUGAAAUACUGAAUAUUUUUCUACAAGUAUUCUUGGAUGAAAGAGACGGAGGGCAGAUAAUUCUCACUCAUAUCUACUUAUUAGUAGGCUGUUCCCUGUCAUUAUGGAUAUCUCCUUAUGAUUUAAACUUUGCUAACCACCUUCCCCUGUAUAGCGGAAUCUUGUCACUUGGAAUUGGAGACAUGGUAGCAUCAGUUUUUGGAACAGCUUUUGGUAAAACUAAGUGGGCAGGCUCAGAAAAAAGUGUUGAGGGCACAGCAGCAGCUUUUGUAGCCCAAAUUGCAGCAAUAGCACUUCUCAUGUAUUUUGGUGUUGAUCCAAAUUUGACCCCAUCUGGUCAUGGCCAUUUAAUUGACAGCCUGGUUCUGAACAAGAUUGUAAUUGGAAUUGCGUUAACUUCUCUAUUAGAGGCCUGGACAACACAGAUAGACAACCUUGUCUUGCCUUUAUUCAUGUAUGCAGUGAUGGCUGGUUAACAGUAUGCCUUACAAAGCAUUUUCAAAUUUCACAAAAGAAUGUCUGCUACAUAUGAUGGGGUUCUCAAGCAGGAGUUAUACAAGAUGGUGCUUUUUUAAAAUUUUUUUAUUUUUAUUUAUUUAUUUAUUUUUUAUUUUUUAUUUUUUUUUUUUGCAGUAUAAAGUGAUUGGAAGUUACUUCAUUAAAACCAAUUAUAAUGGAACUGGUCAUUUCUUGAUGGAAAAAAUAGUAAUUUCUGGUGUGAAGGAUGUCAUUGUGAAAUCUUUGCAUAUGAGGACAUAGUUUAGAGGAAAAAUCAGGGGAGUGUGUAAUUAUUUCAGUUCUUCAGAUGGCAUAACUGUUACACAGUCUAAAUGUAAAAAACUUUUGGAGGUUAGAAUAAAAGGUACAUUUGGGGUCACAGAGUUCACCUUUUACAAGGGAAUUACUCUAGGUUCAGUAUGUUGUUAUGCUAGUGUUAUUGUUUAUAAUAAACAAUUAUAUAGGUUCCUGAGAAUUGUUUAUGACAAGAUUUUUUUUACUACAUUGUCUGUUAUAUUGUUUAGGACUUUGCAUCAGAAAUAUGUCUCUUAGGGCCAACCACACAAUUUAUUACAGCCAGUUGUUUUUUGGAGAAAACUAAUCAGAACUUAACAUUUAAAUGCAAACCCCAAAGUAUUUAUUUAAUUGAUGUGAUCUCAUUUGUUGUCCUGCUCUGUUGUUUAUAGGUAAUUAUACUUAUUAAUAUAAUUGUUUCUGCUGCAUAAUAAGUUACAAUUCAAAUUUUACAGCAGAUUUAUUUUUUUAUUUGUUUUAUUUUUUACUGUUAUUAAAUGUUUUACAUUUUAUAUCCAUAAAUUUUAUAUACAAUCCUUUAUUUCCUUAAGCAUAAUUACAUUUCACAAAAAAUUUGACAAAUAAACAAUAUGUACACUAUACCACUAAAGCUGUGACAGUUUAUCAUGGAAUGGUGAAUAGUUUUAGAUGACUGCAAAGACAGAUGGUUUUCAAUAUAACUGUGAUAUGAGAUGAUAAUAUAUAAACAAAUACUGCUGCAAGAUCUAAGUAUUUGGUUAAUAAGCUAUGUUAAUGCAAUAUGUUUGAUAUAAAUCUCAUCUGAAGCUUUGCCCUGCUUAUGACAAAAAACAUUAAGAGCAAGACACCCAAAACAAAAUUGAAUGAAAAUACUUGAAAGUAAUUAAAUUUUACAGCAAAACACUGUAUACUACAUUUGCAGCACAACACGUACCACGGUGCCUGCUUUAUUCUUUGGACGGAUAUUCACAAGUAUACAUAUACAUAUAAAGAUGCACAAAAAGAGCCAAGAUAAAGUGAUAGUAGGUUAAGAAUUAAGUUACAUGUAUAAAUAGUGAAAUUCUUUAUUCUAAAUAAAAGCUUAGCUUCUAGAAUGAGAUAUCUGAAAAUAGUUUAUUAUGGUGUAAUAACGCAUUUAAUUGAAAUGCAAAAAAGAAAAAAAAACAUUUAGUCAUUCUUGCAAUAAACAAUUGAUCAGAUGAUUGAUUGGAAGCGUCAAAAUACAAAAACCAAAGAACAGUUAGAAUGAUUGCCAAAUUUCACAACAUUCAAAAUUGGGGGGGGGGGGCAGUUAACAGUACAAUAACAUUAAUAUCUAAAUAUUUAAAUUAUAGAUUAACAGAUCUGCAUGAGAAUGGAGAAUGUGCCUGAUAUUGUGGAAAGUUACAUAAAGAUUAUAUAGCUGCAUAACUUUACCAUCAAUCCAAACUAACUGGCUAAGAACAAGAUAUGGAUUAUUCAAUCCAAAUGCAAAAUCACAGAGCUGGGAUUAUGCAUCAGUGAAAUCUUCCAUCAUGCCAAUAAUACUGGAUUUAUUUCAAUCAUAAAAGGUUCUGCAGGAUGUAAUGAACAAGAAAAAAAAACAAUGCC